AAAUGUCCGAAAGAAGAGGGUGAGUGUCAGUGCACGUAGAUCACUGUUGCUGCUGGUGUAGGGGCAAGCAAGCUGAGCUCCAGCAAUCAUGAGCAUCCUUACAACAUUUGUGGUGAUGACAGCACUGGUGUGUGCUUCACUCGCUGAGUCUAGUUCCCAUGGAAGAGGCAGUCAGGGAAGCAGCCAUGGUGCAAGUAUCAGAGACGCAAACUAUGGUGGUGGAGGCCAUGGUGGCAGCUCUGGUAUAGUUCAUGCCCAGCUUGUUGGCAGGCAUAGCAGCACAACUGGUGGCAGCGCUGGGGGCACCUAUAAAAGUGAACAUCAAGGCCCAAACAUUAUACGUUUCCAGCUUGUUGGCAGACAUACCAGCACUACUGGUGGUAAUGUUGAAAGUGGUGGCAGUUACAAAAGUGCACCAAAGAUUCCUACCAUCAUCCGUGCCCAACUUGUUGGCAGACAUACCAGCACAACUGGUGGCAGUAUUGGCAGCGUUGGUAGAAGGUAUAAUAAAAUUAAACCAAAAGGAGGAAGCAUAAUACCUUUCCAGCUUGUUGGUAAACACACCAGCAGUAGUGACAUAAGGUAUUAACAGCAGUAACGGACCACACAGCAGUAGCUGUUGUACUCUUCAAUAGAGACCGAGACCGUGCCCUGACACGACUUUUGCCUAUAUCCAUCUUUUUUCUCGUUAGCGACUUGACAGCGGUCCAAGAAUGACCGAAACAUCGUCCCGAUUUCCUUUCUGAUUUGUAGGGUGGUUGUGGAAUGACGAAUUCCAACAGGAACUUGUAGAGAGCAUUUCAGUCUCCCGUAAUUUCUUGUCUUGAGUGGAGCUGACUUCUCAAACCUUGCCAUCGUAAACUCUUCGUUGAGAAUGUUUCUCUCCUGCACAAUACAUAGCUUACGGGAUGUUAAUAAUCUUGCUAAUACCAAAACAUAUAUCUAGAAAAAAUAAAAGAGUUUAUAUG